GUUUCAUUGGUUUUCGGUUUCGGUUUUUUCGCUGGCGCUCCUCUUCUUUAUACAAGAACUUCAACGCUUUGCAAAAUCAUUAAAAAUUUGCUUAAUUUAACUACACAUUGGCAUUAGCACAAUUCAUGUAACUUCGACUUCGUUUUUGGUAUUCCAAAUUCCAGACAGAUACUACAAGCGCUGUGCGGUUUGUGGGUAGAGUUCAGUAGGUGCAUUCAGUUGGCCGCGAAAAGAUUAUAGAGUUGUGCGUUUAGUUGCUGAUCGGUCGCGCGGUUUGUUGCAAAAGUACAAAAUGUCAAAUCAAAGUGAGCAGAAAGCGGCGGCUGGAGCGCCCACAGCGCCUGCACCUAUUCCAAGUGGAUUGAAGUUCUUGUUUGGAGGUGUUGCUGGCAUGAGCGCCACCUGCAUUGUCCAGCCACUGGAUUUGGUUAAGACAAGAAUGCAAAUAUCUGGCGCAGGCGGUGGCGUAAAGGAAUACCGUAACUCAUGGGACUGCAUACAGAAGGUGGUAAAGAAAGAGGGCCCCUUGGGUUUGUAUAAAGGCAUUGGAGCAGCUUUACUGCGUCAGGCAACUUAUACUACCGGCCGACUUGGUGUCUACACCUACUUAGUGGAUUUGUGUCAAACCAAACUGAAACGCACACCUGGUGUAUUGGAUAGUAUGGCAAUGGGUAUGGUAGCCGGCGCAGUUGGCGCCUUUAUUGGCACACCAGCUGAGGUGGCACUCAUUCGUAUGGCCAGUGAUGGUCGCCUGCCACCAGCAGAGCGACGCAAUUACACCAAUGUGGUAAAUGCGCUGACACGUAUAGUACGCGAAGAGGGUGUGACAGCAUUGUGGCGUGGAAGUAUACCCACCAUGGGUCGUGCCAUGGUUGUGAAUAUGACACAACUGGCUUCUUAUUCACAGUUCAAAGCCUAUUUCAAAAAUGGUCCACUUAAGAUGGAAGAAGGGAUCCCCCUGCAUUUCUGUUCCAGCAUGUUAAGCGGUUUGCUUACGACCAUCACUUCCAUGCCGCUGGACAUUGCCAAGACACGUAUACAGAAUAUGAAAACAGCUCCAGGCGCUAAGCCGGAAUAUAGUGGCACCAUCGAUGUGCUGGCCAAGGUGGCACGCCAAGAAGGUGUCUUAGCUUUGUGGAAAGGAUUCACACCAUACUUCUGCCGCCUGGGACCGCAUACCGUACUGACUUUCAUUUUCCUGGAGCAAUUGAACAAAUUAUACCGCGAUUUUGCUAGCAAAUAAAUCGGUAAACUGUGAUGUAACCACUUCGACAGCUAGUGAAGCGUGUGCGGUUGAUGGAUGUUGUAUAAAGUACGCGUACAUGCACAUACAUAAAUACAUUACCUAUAUUCCAGAAACGAAGUGCAAAUAUAGCUAAACAAGUGUUUUUCUGUCAUCAACUAGACAAAAUUUCAUUUUUGCCACCAACUAAAAACUCAAUUUGUUAGUUAUUUCUAAGCUGAAUUAAAUUCAUUAGUAAAAAUAUGCUUGCUAGCUUAUUUCAGUAAACGGUGCUUUGAUAGCAUACAACGCGCUCAAAUACGUAUAAACGCACAUCGUUUAGAUAUUUUAUUUGUAAAUCCACAACAUUAACACAAAAACGGGUAAAAAUCCAAAUUGCGAUCAGAUCGACUAUUGUGGCUGUUUUUGAUGCAGAGCAGUCAGAAUAGUUACUGAAAUCGAUUAGAAUACAUAAAUGAGCUGUUACACUUGUUUUAUUUUUUAAACUUUAUUUUUAGCAAAUAAUAAUGUACAUUUGUUAAUAUUCUUAAAAACAGAAAUAGAAGAAGUGCAAAUAAAAAUUUACAUAUAUUUUUUCAAUUUAGAA